AUGGAGAUUGCUGCUCGAGUACGUCAUCCUAAUCUCCUUCAGUUCAUAGGAGCCACUAAAGUGGGUACUCCUAUCAUCCUCUCAGAACUAAUGCCAACUAGUCUUCGCAAAGAGCUAGAAGCUGGUCCUCUACCCUAUCAUGCUGUUUUAGCUAUCAGUCAAGAUAUAGCCUGUGGUCUCAACUAUCUCCACCUCUUUAAACCAGACCCAAUACUACAUAGAGAUGUCAGCACUGCUAAUGUCCUUCUUCAGCCAAUUAGUGGUGGGUGGAGAGCCAAGGUAUCAGACUAUGGUUCGGCUAAUCUUCAACCAAUGAUUGGCUGUACAGUCAAUCCAGGUAAUCCAGUUUAUUCUGCUCCAGAAGCUGGUGUACCAAAAGACCAUUCUCCUGCAAUGGAUGUUUACAGUUAUGGUGUUGUCUUAAUUGAAAUGAUGAUCUGUCGUAUUCCUGAGGUAGCUCAGAGACAACUUCAUAUUAACAGUAUUAGACGACCAACGUUUAAAGCUCUUAUUGAGCGAUGUUUGAAGGAGAAUUGUAGAGAACGUCCGACAAUGUCAGAGAUCAUAACAGACUUCAAUGAAACCAUUUAA